GAAGAGGCUUCUGGCCCAAAGUAGCAGCCGACAGACUCUGAGGACAUGCGGAAGGGAGGCCAACCUGCAUUUGGACACACGCGACGGGAAUUUGAAAACCGUCGUGGCGAAAUCCUCAUUCAAAAAAGAUCCCAGAUCACCACAAAAUGGAGCUGUUUGACGAAGAUAGCCUGAAAAUGUUCCUUUACGAGAAUAGGCUGAAGACGUUUGAGGGAUGGCCAUUCGAUGAAGACUGCACUUGCACACCCGACAACAUGGCUAAGGCUGGCUUCAUCCACACGCCUUCGGAUAACAGCCCUGAUGUUGCCAUGUGCUUUUUUUGCCUGAAAGAGUUGGAAGGCUGGGAGCCUGAGGAUGACCCGGAGAAAGAGCACAAAUCCCAUUCACCUUCAUGCCACUUUAUUGCCCUGAAAAAGAAAGUUGAAGAGCUGACUGUGGAAGAGAUUUUCAAGCUGCAACUGGAGAAGCACAUCUUUGAAGUUGAAAAAUCGUGCAAUGAGGGCAUCACAAAGUUUAAAGAGGCAGCCAAUGUGAAAAGAACAGAAAUAAUCAAGUCAGCUAUGGGUGAAGAAUAGCUAAAACUAAUGCGUCUUUUGUGUAUCUUUUUUUCUUUUGUGUUACUUCUUGUCUUUAUUCAUUAAACCUGUUUUAUCGCUCAA